AUGGAUCCAGAGCAACCGUCUGACACCACCACUGGCAUGAGCCCAAUCUCGUCACCUGUACCCUCGAGCGUCAUUGAAUCGUUGACAAAAAAUGACGAGCCCGCACCAGUGCAGGAUGCGAAGUACUUCUUUGAGGAUGGGGACUGUGUAUUUCUAGCGAGCGGCGUGCUGUUCAAGCUGCACAAGUUCAAUCUCUGCCGCGAUCGCAACUCGAUGUUCGCCAACAUGUUCACGGACGCCGGCGGUGUUGCUGCGGCGCAGACGGAGCAAGAGGUGAUCCGGCUCGACGAUGCUGCUGAGGAUUUUCGCGCGCUGUGCUGGGCGAUCUAUGCGACAGGGGAAUACAUCAAAACCUGUGCGGAAGGCGAGCUGGAAUACAUGAUGGGUCUCGCCGAUCGCUGCUCAACGUCCGCGCCGAGUUUACUCCAGAUGCUCGAGGUAGGCUGGUUCGAGCGCAUCCAUCAAGGCGCGGUGACAUACAAUCAUGCCCUCACCGUCGCGGAGUUUUACGACAGGCGCGAGUUCCAAGGAAAAAUCUACCUCGAGCUCCGGGAGAAGCUGCGAUCCGGCCCGCCUAUUGCCACGCUACACGGCCUAUCGAAGCUCGAUCUCACCCACCAGCGGCGCGAUCGGCUGGUCCUCGGGAUGGCCCUGCUCUCGAAUAUAUUCAACCAUGCAACAUCCUCUGAACAUAUCCUCCCGAUUGAAGCAUGCGCCAACCAUCAACAGUGCCAAGCUCACUGGAAUCGCUACUGUCGCUCCAACGACAAUGACGAGCCUUUGAAAAGAUUGAACCGCGUCAAAGAUGCCUUGCAAGGGUCAUCCCCCCUGUGUCUCGUCCCUCAUCUCACGUCAAUCGGCAUCACAGCACACACCCAGGUGGCCGACUUUUUCCUCGGUCCACCUCCUGUUGAAUUAUAA